CACUAUCUCUCUUCCUCAUCACCUUCAUUCAUAUUCUUCCCCCAUCCAUUCUAGCCAAUUCAAGUAUGCCUGUUCCCUACUCACAAGCCGCAUUCGCAUCUCCGCCCGCCUCGGUGAAAUGGUCAUCUGCGCUCUCGUCCGAGCUUUAUCGGAUCGAUAGCUGGGGUGCUCCAUACCUAACAGUCAAUUCAUCCGGCAGCAUUUGUGUCCGUCCUCAUGGGACGGACACUGUUUCCCACCGAGAGAUCGACCUUCUCGAGGUCCUGAACAAAGUUUCGGAUCUCGGGUUGCCUCUCCCGGUGACCGUCCGAUUCCCGGACGUGCUGAAGAACCGUCUCGAGUCUCUACAAUCGGCUUUCGAUGCAGCCGUGCACUCCCAGGGGUACACGUCCCAUUACCAGGGAGUGUAUCCCGUGAAGUGCAACCAGGACAAGUUUGUGGUGGAUGACAUCGUCAAAUUCGGGUCAAAGUUCCGGUUCGGGCUUGAAUCCGGGUCGAAACCUGAACUUCUACUCGCAAUGACCUCUCUGUGCAAGGGAAGUCCGGAGGCCUUCCUGAUAUGCAACGGGUACAAAGAUGAACAGUACAUUUCCCUCGCUCUGGUCGCAAGGAAGCUCCGGUUCAACGCCGUGAUCGUUCUCGAAAAAGAGGAGGAGAUCGACCUCGUGAUCCGAAUCAGCCGGAGAAUGUGCGUCCGGCCGGUGAUCGGGAUCCGGGCGAAGCUCAGAACCAAGCAAUCCGGCUAUUUCGGGCCCGCUUCCGGCGAGAAAGGCAAAUUCGGCCUGACCACCGCUCAGAUCUUGCGGGUAGUGAAGAAACUUCGAGACUUCGAAAUUCUCGAUUGUCUUCAAUUGCUGCAUUUCCACAUUGGAUCUCAGAUUCCGUCGACGGCGUUGCUCUCCGACGGCGUUUCUGAGGCCGCUCAUAUUUACUGCGAGUUAGUCCGUCUCGGCGCCUCCAUGAGAGUCAUCGACGUCGGAGGUGGGCUCGGGAUCGAUUACGACGGUUCGAAAUCAACCGACUCCGACGUUUCCGUCGGGUAUGGGCUAACGGAAUAUGCAUCUGCCGUUGUUAACGCCGUCCGGUCAGUCUGCGACGGUAAGGGCGUCAACCACCCUGUUAUUUGCAGUGAGAGCGGAAGGGCAAUUGUGUCUCAUCACUCAAUUCUAAUUUUCGAAGCCGUCUCCGCCACGCCCGCCGGCGAGAGUAACGGCGACUCGUCAAAUCUAAAGGCUCACAUUCAGUCAUGCGUUGACCUUCUUGACAAGGAUUGGCGGGAAGAGUACCAGAAACUCUCUGCAGCCGCAAUUCGCGGCGAUUUUGGCGCUUGUGUCAUCUACGCCGACCAGCUGAAACAGAGGUGUGUUGAGCAGUUCAAGAAUGGCGGCCUGAGAAUGGAACAAAUGGCCGCCGUGGACGGGGUUUAUGAUUUGGUGGCCAAAGCCGCCGCCGGACCACCUUCUCCCGAUCAUAUUCCGGCCGCCACAUAUCACGUCAAUCUCUCCAUCUUCACUUCAAUUCCAGACUAUUGGGCGAUCGGACAGCUGUUCCCCAUCGUCCCCAUUCACCGGCUCAACGAACGUCCCGGAGUGAGAGGAGUGUUGUCGGACUUGACAUGCGACAGCGACGGGAAGAUCAAUAAGUUCAUCGGCGGGGAGUCAACGUUGCCGCUCCACGAACUCAGAGGUGGCGCCGGCGCCGGGGAAGGAUAUUAUCUGGGGAUGUUCUUGGGUGGGGCCUACGAGGAAGCCAUGGGCGGGAUCCACAACCUGUUUGGCCGCCCGAGUGAAGUGCGGGUGACCGACGGCGGCGCGCACGGCUUCAGCGUGACGCGCGCCGUCUCCGGCCAGUCUUGCGCGGAUGUGCUGCGAGUAAUGCAACACGAUCCUCAGGUGAUGCUCCGGGCUCUGAAGCAACGCGCGGAGGAAUUCGCGGGAGACGACGAAUUUGGCUCCACUUUCGAUGGGACGCCAUAUCUGGUCAGCGGAUGUGCUUGGGAUACCUAAGUUUUGCUCUUCAUUUUAAUACUCUAUAUUGUUUUUUAAAUGCAUUUUAAUUUUGUUGUUAUUGCUUUUUUAUUACUUUCUCCGUUCAAAAAUUUCAUUCUCAAUUUGAUUUCACAUAAAGAUUUAGAAAAAUU